AUGGCUGACCACGAGGAGAGUGAGAUGUCCGAGUCCCUCCAGAAGGAAAACAACUACUCGGCCGAGCUCGAGGAGCCCGACACAGACUUCAAAUCUACAAGUUUACCUGUUUUGAACAACACCGCUCCUCAAGAGGAGACCCUAUUAGCUAGCUCCUUACAGGUGUCGGUAGCUGCGGACGAAAGUGCGGAAUUCAUCCAGCUCCCAGCCAGAGCUGAAUCCUUUCAGGCCGAAUCCCCGACAAGAACGAACUAUUUGCCUAAACCUGGCAAGGCGGCGCUGAACAGGCCCAGCUCCUACGUGGAGAAUGCAGAGAUCCGGCGGAAUAAAAACCUGGUGAGGAGGAAACCGCCAGGGUUUCUCGCUUCCAAGUUUGGGCAGAUCCGUUUCCCUAGCAGGAAGUAUUUGAGCCUCAUCCUGCAGGAUUCCCGCUGCUUCCUGUUCUGCAUGUGCUACCUGACCUUCAUCCAGUCCCUGAUGGUGUCCGGUUACCUCAGCAGUGUUAUCACCACCAUAGAGAAGAGGUACAGUCUGAGAAGUUCAGAAUCCGGCCUCCUCGUCAGCUGUUUUGACAUAGGGAGCCUCCUGGUGGUCGUCUUCAUCAGUUACUUUGGUGGACGGGGCCAGAGGCCUCGAUGGCUGGCGGUGGGCGGGGUCUUCAUCGCAGUAGGCGCUGCCCUCUUCUCCUUACCUCACUUCAUCUCCCCGCCCUACCAAAUCAAGGAAGUGAAUUCAUCCUCAGCCAAUGAGGGCCUGUGCAUGAACAGCAACGCCAGUGGCAGGGACCACAUUGGUAUCACUUCCUGUCCCAGAGACCAGGAGGGCAACGAACACAACUUGUAUGUGGCGCUAUUCAUCAUUGCUCAGAUCCUGGUGGGCAUGGGCUCCACCCCUAUCUACACGCUGGGCCCCACCUACCUGGAUGACAACGUCAAGAAGGAAAAUGCCUCUUUAUACCUGGCUAUAAUGUAUGUGAUGGGAGCCCUGGGACCAGCAGCUGGGUACUUGUUGGGUGGGGUCCUCAUUGGUUUUUACGUUGACCCCAAGACUGUGGUGAACAUCGACCAGAGCGAUCCACGCUUUGUUGGAAACUGGUGGAGCGGUUUCCUGCUGUGCGCCGUGGCCAUGCUGCUGGUCAUCUUCCCCAUGUUCACCUUCCCUAAGAAACUGCCGCCACGACACAAGAAGAAGAAGAGGAGGAAAAAGGUGAGCCUGGACGACCUCUCCAGCGACGACGACGUGCUCAAGGAGAAGAGCAACAACAACAGUGGCAAGAACCAGGCGGUCAGCUCCUCCAUGGGCUUCGGAAAAGACAUCAAAGACUUGCCCAAGGCAGCGAUUCGGAUCUUGAGCAACGUGACCUUCCUGUUUGUCAGUCUUUCCUACACGGCUGAGAGCGCCAUAGUGACCGCAUUCAUCACGUUCAUCCCCAAGUUCAUAGAGUCGCAGUUUGGCAUCCCAGCAUCCAAUGCCAGCAUCUACACAGGCGUGAUCAUCGUGCCGAGCGCAGGCGUCGGCAUCGUGUUGGGCGGUUACAUCAUCAAAAAGCUGAAGCUGGGGGCGCGCGAGUCAGCCAAGCUGGCCAUGAUCUGCAGCGGGGUGUCCCUCCUCUGUUUCUCCACGCUCUUCAUCGUGGGCUGCGAGAGCAUCAACCUUGGAGGCAUCAACAUCCCCUACACCACUGGACCCACCCUGACCAUGACCCAGAGAAACCUGACUGGAGGUUGUAACGUGAACUGCGGCUGUAAGAUCCACGAGUACGCCCCGGUCUGUGGCUCAGAUGGGAUCACCUACUUCAACCCCUGCCUAGCCGGCUGCAGCAGUGUCGCCAACGACAGUACAGGGAUACGAAACUACUCAGACUGUGCGUGCGUUCAGAGCCGGCAGGUCAUCACGCCGUCGACCAGCGGGCAGGGCAGCAACCAGCUGCAGUUGGUCAUUGUUAAGACCUACUUGAACGAGAACGGAUACGCCGUGUCGGGGAAGUGUGACCGUACUUGCAGCACCCUCAUCCCCUUCCUCAUCUUCCUCUUCAUUGUGACGCUAAUCACUGCCUGCGCUCAGCCCUCUGCCAUCAUUGUCACACUCAGGUCUGUAGCAGAGCAGGAGAGGCCAUUCGCUCUGGGAAUGCAGUUUGUUCUUCUCAGGACCCUUGCCUACAUUCCGACUCCCAUCUACUUUGGGGCAGUCAUCGACACCACCUGCAUGCUGUGGCAGCAGGACUGCGGCGUGCACGGCUCCUGCUGGGAGUACGACGUCACCUCCCUGCGAUUCGUCUACUUUGGCCUGGCCGCCAGCCUCAAGUUCCUGGGCUUCUUCUUCAUCUUCCUUACCUGGUACUCUAUCAAGUACAAGGAGGAGCGGGUGGAGCGCUGGCUCAAGCGCCACCUUUCGCCCACCGACACGGUGGGCAGCCUCGUCUGCCAUCCGGGCGGCCGCAAGGGCCAUGCCCGCACGCGCUCCUGCCCUGUCAACAUCCCCCAGCGUGAGCCAAACACCGGUUCAAUCGCACCACCGUCCGCUGGAGCCCUCAACAGGGGGGUCAGCACCCAGAGUUGCCCCGGCAAUGAGCUCAAAGCAAUAACUCCACCCCCUGCCACGCCCUCGGUCAAGCCCUCACCCGCUACGCAGGCCACACAGGCGCCCACACCAGCCCGAUCCCUGGAACACGUCUCGGUCCGAGUGUGA